AUGGAUUUAACUUUGAACACGGCUGUUGAAUAUUAUGCUCCAUCGAUUCCAAAACUAUUGACUUAUGAAGAGAGUGGACACUGUGCCUUAGUUCCAUUGCCUCCCAAAAUUCCACUUUUCCAGUCAAUCUUCAUUGAACCAUUCGAUGGUCUUACUUGGUUGUUCUUUUUCCUUACUAUUGCUUGUUCUGUUGCUGUUUGGUGGAUGUUCCGUGGUCGUGGUGCUGUCGAUUCUCCUUGGCUGCUUGCUUAUGGCAUGUUUGUCAUAUUCAUCGGACAAGGCGUUGACUUCAGUCGUAGGAAUCAUUUGGUGCUGACUAUUUUGUUGCAGUUGAUUAUUGUGAUGAUUUGGGUAAUAAGCAAUGCGUACGAAGGUGUCAUCACAUCCUUCAUGAUCCAGCCUAUCCAAGAGCAUCGACUUCAUACUUUUGAUGACAUAAUUGCAUCAGAUUAUGAGAUAAUUACUGAUGAAUCUUUCAUCUAUUCAAUAAAUGAGACUUCUGCAUUUGAGAAAUUAAAGCCACGAUUGAUUGAAACUUUUUAUCAGAACUGGGGAGUUUUAAGGACAAUGAUGGAAAAGCUUCAAAAAGUUGUUAUCCUAGAAUGCGAUCAGAUUGAAUUAAUAAUGAAUCUUCACUUUGCGAAUGGUAGAAAUGUUUCGGAUUAUUAUUACGUGCUGCCGAAAAAGUUGUCGUCAUACCUCGUCAGACUAGAAGCAAGCUACUUCAAUCCAUUUAUUGAGAGACUUCAGUACUACAUGGAUUUGUCAUUUCAAGCAGGACUGAUGCACAUGUGGAAUAUUUUUAUGACACCUAAAUGCUUGAGGUUUAAACUUACAUCACACAGCGAUGAACUUACAUACUUGAAACUUGAAGAUUUUACUCAAGUCUUCAGCAUCCUUAUUAUUGGCUUCGCGAUAUCCACUGUAAUUGUUUUAUUUGAAAUCUGUUUUUAUGACAUCCUUAAGAAGUAUAAACUUAAAAAUCUCGCAAGAAAGUUGAGAAAUCGUGUGCAUAAGAUAGCAUUUAACCAGAGGAAGCAGCAAAAGCAUUCAAAAUAUCAAAAAGGUGCACUUUACUACAUCUUUCAUAGACGCAAGAGAGUCAAGAGAUUAAAGCCUAGAAAGAUGAAAGUUCGAAGAAUUUAUGUCCAGCCUAGGUUCCAAAUUGAUUAA